CAUUCCGAUUGCGACUGUGAUAAGAGCUCUGCUCUCCGGCGGACUAGAGCAAGCAAAGCACAGCGCUGACUGGCAGUUGCAGCGCGAUUGCCGACAAGCGCAGACAUGUCCGUUUCCGUUUCGGUGUCCGUGUCCUGGUCGAGGACACUCGUCGCCCUGACCAUCGCCUGGCUGAGCAUGGUCUGCCUGCUGCCGGUGGAGACCUUCUGCGACACCUCCUACUAUGAGAAGUACUACGCGGCGCGUCGCUACGUGCCCCUCAAGCGGAAUGCCCCGCUCCUCUUCAACUUCACCCUCACGCUGACCGACUCGGACACCGCCCAACUGGCGGCACACGAGCGUCCCGCCCUCGUCGGCAAUCUGGCCGCUCUGGGCGGCUGGCAGGCCAGCGGGGCGCUGCUCCUGAACCGCACGGCCACCCACAAUGUGUGGAGCGGAUCGGUGGAGAUUCCCCAGAACAGCAGCGUGGAGUAUCGCUACUUUGCCGCCGCCGUGGGACGCUCCGGCAGCGUGCAGGUCCGUCGCUGGGAGUCGCAUGUCCUGCCGCGGUCCUUCAACGUCACCAAGCUGCCAGGCAACCGAAGCGACGAGUUUGGGGUCAUCUCUGGCCAGCGGCAGCUGACGCGAGGCUGGCUCCAGGCAUCCGGAAACAUUGUGCAGCUGAAGGUGUUCCGCGAUGCGCUGCGCCUGGAGGAGGAUCCCGACUCGGGCCGGGGCACACUGCGGCUGCGCGUACAGCCCGUGGAUCCCGUCAGCCUGUCGCCCAUCCUGAGCUCCGCCCGCGCCAACGUCGAGUACGUCCGCACGGCCUACGCCGACAGCAAGCUGAGAGCCCAGCCGACGUACGGAGUGCCGUAUGCAGCCCAGGAUAUCCUCAUGUACCACGCGACCCUCGACGAAGUGGCGAAGGCGGCCUUCCUGGUGGAGGUGUAUGCAGAGCAGCCGGAGGAGGAUCUGGUGCGGCUCCUGGGCUACGCCCACCUGCAGCCCACGACCCUGACCGGCAGCGAGGGCAGUGUGACCCUCAGUCUGAUUUCGCCGCUGUGGCAGCGGGUGGUGGGAGAGCUGCGGCUGGAGUAUCUGCUCAUCCGACCCAUGGCCAACGAGAGCUUCGACAUGCGCACCAGCUUCGCCCACUACUGGCGGGGCAACUGGACGGGCCUGGAGAUCGGACACCGGGGACUGGGCAAGAGCCUGACGGUCACUUCGAAUGCGGCGCCUCUCAUUGAGAACACGCUGGCCUCGAUGCUGGCCGCCGUGGAGCUGGGCGCCGAUCUCGUGGAGUUCGAUGUGCAGCUGACCAGCGAUCUGGUGCCGAUCAUCCACCACGACUGGAGCAUCCACGUGUGCAUCCAUCCCAAGACGCCGAAGAGUCGCGAAGACCUCACCGAGGUCCUGCUGAAGGACAUCAGCUACGAGCAGCUGAAGGAGGUGAAGACGUACCAGAUCGUGGGCAGCAAGAUCGUCGAGUAUCCGGCCCACAACAAUGUCGAGCAGCUGGAGCAGCGCCUCUUCCCCACCCUGCAGGACUUCUUCGAGCGCGUGAACCAGACCGUGGGCCUGGACAUCGAGCUGAAGUGGCCGCAGGCGAAGGCGAACGGGGAGUACGAGAGCGAGCAGACGAUCGACAAGAAUCUGUUCGUGGACCGCAUCCUGGAGGUGGUGCACCAGCACGGCUGCGGGCGCCUCAACCUCCUAAAGAGCUUCGACGUGGACGUGUGCUCCCUGUUGCGCUUCAAGCAGAACAUGUACCCCGUGCUGGUCCUCUCCAGCAGCACAAACGACUACUACGCGGAUCCACGCACCAGCACAGUGGAGACCAUCAACUUUGCCCAGGCCUUCGAUCUCGGUGGCAUCGCGCCGAACACCGUUCCGAUCAAGGCCGAUCCCGCGCUGGUGCAGAGCGCCAAGGAACUGGUGCCGCUGGUGCUUGUGUGGGGCGCCGACCUCAAGGACCGCUCCUCCAUCGACUCGUUCAUCCAGAUGGGACCCACGGGCGUCAUCUACGACCGCAUGGACCUCUGGCUCGCACCCAACCAGACGAGCGCCUUCGAGUCGGAGCAGGAUCUGCCCGACUUCUUCCAGCUGCAGUGCGAGCCGGUGCCCGAGAAGCGUGUGGUGAACGCCACCAUCGAGAGCAUCCUGAGCAACGUUAACUUCCUGUAGUGCUAGCCCACCCCGUAUUACACUUACUUACGAGUAUUUACAUAUUUAUGCCAGUCAAUAAACGAGCUAGAAAGGA